AUGCCUUUCCAUGGUCAAUACACCGUUGAAAAGGUCCAGUACCCGUCGCACGGGGAGACGAUUACUGGAAUCCUCUUCCGUCCAGCCAAUAUCGCAAAGCCGCCCGGUAUUGUUAUUACCGGCCCGUACUCCUUCAUGAAAGAACAAGCGCCGCUGCAAUAUGCAACUCGACUUGCAGAUGAAGGCUAUGCAGCUUUGAUUUUUGAUCCCCGCACCGUCGGUGAAAGCACCGGCCUUCCCCGGCGACUAGAAAAUCCUAAAAUGAAAAACGAGGAUAUAGUUGCUGGUCUUGAUUACCUCUCGGCACGCAGUGACAUUAAUGCGUCCCUGCUCUUCUUGGUUGGGAUCUGUCAGGGCGGCCCUGAAUCUCUGGAUGUUGCGUCUUACGACGGCCGUGUUGCAGGCGUGGCCUCGGUCUCUGGAUACUAUCGCGAUCAUGAAACUGACAUCUACAUGAUUUGCGCCGGGUGUGUUGCGUGGGAACCUGGGGCGGACAUCGCAACGAUGAAGAUGCCCACCCCCGAACAGGGAGAAGCCCUCUACAAAGCACGCCUUGAGCGCGCUAAAGAAGCCCGCAAACUUUAUGAAACGACCGGUGAAGUCGUGUACCAGCCGCUGGUCGACCCUAAGGCGGCUGACCCGAAUACCGGUUCGUUGGCUGGGCUCCCGGGACCAGUCGUUUGGUCAUGGUAUGGGCCGUGGACGCUGAAGGGGUUUGAUAAUCGAUAUGCAGUAAUGAGUGAUGUUGAUCAUUUUGACUACACCACUGUCCCAGGUGUGGCGAAGCUGAAAAAGCCGGCGCUGCUGAUUCAUGGCGACAACUGCAUGAAUGCGGCUGCUGCUAAGCGCCACUACGAGUCCAUCCCCGCAACUCAGAAAAAGUUGAUUUGGAACAAUGAGGUGUCCCACUUUCAGCACUAUGACCAGCCAGAAUGUGUCGACCGCAACGUGGGGGAUAUUGCGGCGUGGUUUGCAGAGAUCAAAUAA